GCACUUUUAGAUAGAGAAAUCCAUAUAUGGCGUGAGCUCUUUCAUCCUAAUAUUGUACCGAUGAUUAUGUGUAAAGAGGAUGAUCAUGCUACCUAUGUGUUUUCUGAAUAUUGCUCAGGAGGUUUACGAUAUUUACAUAAUGACAUGAAAUUAGUACAUAAAGAUAUAAAAUUGGAUAAUAUAUUAUUGGAUAAGGAAGGCACAUGGAAAAUUUGUGACUUUGGUUUGACUGAAUUUCAAAAUAAUGCAAAUGGUUUUGACGAUCUUUGUGAUGAAGAAGCUGGAGGAUCUAUUGCUUAUUGUGCACCAGAACAGGCGCGUAGCAAAACCUCUAUAAAGAAUCCGGCAGUUGACAUAUGGAGCCUAGGUGUUGUGCUUUAUGCUCUUAUGACGAAUAAAUUACCUUUUAUGGAUGAUUUC